AUGGGAGACCUUAAAAUACAUCAAAGAAUUCACACUGGAGAGAAACCUCAUGGCUGUGAUGAAUGUGGGAAGAGUUUCAUUCAGCUACAAACCCUGAAAUCACACCAGAGAAUACACACUGGAGAGAAACCUUUUGGCUGUUAUCAAUGUGGGAAGAGUUUUACUCAGCUAAACAGCCUGAUAGUACAUCAACGGACACACACAGGAGAGAAACCUUAUAGCUGUAAUCAAUGUGGGAAGAGAUUUUCAACAUCUAGCUAUCUAACUAUACACCAGAGAACACACACAGGAGAGACACCGUAUAGCUGUGAUCAAUGUGGGAAGAGUUUUACUCAGCUAAACAACCUGAUACUGACUUCACACCAGAGAACACACACAGGAGAAAAAUCUUAUAGCUGUGAUCAAUGUGGGAAGAGUUUUACUACAUCUAGCCAGCUGACUUCACACCAGAGAACACACACAGGAGAGAAACCUUAUAGCUGUGAUCAAUGUGGGAAGAGUUUUACUACAUCUAGCCAGCUGACUUCACACCAGAGAACACACACAGGAGAGAAACCUUAUAGCUGUGAUCAAUGUGGGAAGAGUUUUACUACAUCUAGCCAGCUGACUUUACACCAGAGGACGCACACAGGAGAGAAACCUUAUAGCUGUGAUCAAUGUGGGAAGAGUUUUACUACAUCUCGCCAGCUGACUUCACACCAGAGAACGCACACAGGAGAGAAACCUUUUAGCUGUACUCAAUGUGGGAAUAGUUUUACUCAGUCAUUCAGCCUGACAUACCACCAGAGAACACACACAGGAGAGAAACCUUAUAGCUGUGAUCAAUGUGGGAAGCGUUUUAGUCACCCAAGCACCCUAAUAUCACACCGGAGAACUCACACUGGAGAGAAACCUUAUAGCUGUGAUCAAUGUGGGAAGAGUUUUAGUCACCCAAGCACCCUAAUAUCACACCAGAGAACACACACAGGAGAAAAACCUUAUAGCUGUGAU